AUGGUGGCUGUCUGGCCGAAAAAUUAUAAUCAGAUUGCAGUGACCUUUGACGAUGUGGCAGUGGACUUCACCCAGGAGGAGUGGAUGUUACUGGACCUCGCUCAGAGAAACCUGUACAGAAGCGUGAUGCUGGAGAACUACCAGAACCUGGUCACAGUAGAAUGGAAAACUCAACAUCAAAGCAAAGAGUCACCAUCUCUCCAGGAUUUUUGGGAAGGAAAAACAGCCAGAGAAAUUCAAAAAGAGAGGACCCACCAGGGAGCAGAGCUCUCUGACUGUGAGCAAAGUGGGAAAGUCUUAAGCCAACACCUAUUCCUUAACACACACAUGAGAACUGAAAAUACAGAGAACACUUUUGAGCACAGUCAGUAUGCCAACAGCUUCCAUACUCUGCAAAAGGGAAGCUCUCUGAGAGAGCAGCUUUCUGAAUUGAAUCAGUGUGGCAGCGUCUUCAACCUGACUCCACAUAAUGUGUAUGAGAGAACCAGUCUGGCAGAGAAGUCUUUUGAAAAUGCGGACUGUGGGAAGAUGUUCAUUAGUCAUUCCCACUUUCAGGCACACGGGAGAAUGUACAGUGGAGGAUAUCUCAAUGAAUGGAUGCUUCCAUUUUCAAGGAUUUCAGUUCCCUCAGCGGGUUAUCCUAUGUAUACGCAAAUGCACACUGUUAGAGAACCCUAUGAAUGUAGGGAAUGUGGAAAAUGCUAUGCAAAUAUGAAACAGCUCAAUGAACACAUCACUCGAUUUCACGCUGGAAUAAAACCAUUUGUAUGUAGUGAAUGUGGAAAAUCUUUCUACACUUCCUCACACCUUUAUGUACAUUUUAUGAUUCACACUGGAGAGAAGCCCUAUGGAUGUAAAGAAUGUGGGAAACACUUCCGGUGGCCUUCAACGCUUCGUAAUCAUGUUCAAACUCACACUGGUGAGAAGCCUUAUAAAUGUAUGAUAUGUGGGAAAGCCUUCAGCAGCUCCUCAUAUCUUCAUCAUCAUUUGAGAAUUCACACUGGAGAGAAGCCCUUUGAAUGUCAGGAAUGUGGGAAAUGCUUCGCUUGGAUCUCAGCCUUUCGCAGACAUGUUCACACUCACAGUGGUGAGAAGCCCUAUAAAUGUAAGGAAUGUGGGAAAGCCCUCAGUAGUUCCUCAAUUCUUAAAGCACAUUUGAGAAUUCACACUGGAGAGAGGCCGUAUAAAUGUAAGGAAUGUGGGAAAGCCUUCACUUAUUCCUCACGACUUAACGAACAUUUGAGAAUCCACACUGGAGAAAAACCCUAUGAAUGCAAGGAAUGUGGGAAAUCCUUCCAUCUUUCCUCAAGCUUAAUUGGACAUUUAACAAUUCACACUGGAGUAAAACCCUAUCAAUGUAAGGAAUGUGGAAAAGCUUUUGCUUGGCCCUCAUUCCUUAAAAAACAUUUACGAACUCAUAAUGGAUAGAAGACCUAGGAAGUGGUGAAUGUGGGAAAUUCCAU